GACCUUUGCAUCCAUGUACGUCGACUCAGCAGCUUUCAGUAUACUUACAUAAUUACAGACUAGACACAUACACAAGAUUAAGAAUAAGAUCAAGACACGACAAGAUGUCCUCUAACGGGACACCACCUCCACACCCGGCCGCCCUAGGCCUCUUCAAGACUAAGAGUCCCAGCCACGACCCUACCCUGGAUAGACCAAAGUUACCAAUGCCUUUACGAAUGAACUCCACUGGCCCUCGACGACCCAAAGGAAAGCUGUGCUUCUCCAAAUGCCCUCCCAAAUCUCCCAUUCCGUCAGAACCAUCCAGUGCUGCUUGUAAUCAUGGGCCAAGUCCACAAGACAAAUUGAUUGCUAAAGUUAAAGAAAGAAUGGGAACUUUGACAUUUGGCACUGAGACACACAAGUUGACAGGCCCUGUGGAUGUGGAUGUACUAGGGAGACUUGGUAGUGGGAUGACAGGACAAGUGGUAACCGUGCAACACAAGGCCACCGGGAAAAUCAUGGCUGCCAAAAAGAUGCCGUGGCUGGAACAUCCAGAAGAGAGGAAGAGAAUUCUAAUGGACCUGGACGUGAUGGCAGAACACAAGAGUCCUCACAUUGUCCUAUAUUACGGAUCAGUCAUUUGGAAUAAUGAAGUGUGGGUCUUCAUGGAACGUAUGAGCACUUGUUUGGAUCGUCUUCUCAAGAGCAUCUCUGGUCCAGUACCAGAGGAGAUUGUCUGCAAAGUAGCCGUUGCGGUUGUUAAAGCACUUCACUAUCUCAAGACUGAGCAUCAAGUUAUCCACAGAGAUGUGAAGCCCUCUAACAUACUACUGGACGAGUCUGGUAGCGUUAAGUUGUGUGACUUCGGUAUCAGUGGACGGCUGGUGGACUCCCAGGCCUUUACACAAGGGGCUGGCUGCAUAGCCUAUAUGUCUCCUGAACGUAUCGACCAGUCCAUCGGUAAAAAGGGCUACGAUGUUAGAGCAGACGUAUGGAGCCUGGGAGUCUCAUUAGUAGAACUAGCCACUGGAUCACUACCUUAUGACUGCUCAAAGUUCACCACAGAUUUUGAGUUCCUGGCCCAUAUUGUGGGGGCUCCCCCUCCCCUUCCUGACAGGGAUAGCUUCUCUCCUCUGUUCUUCAACUUUGUCUCUCAGUGUCUGACCAAGGACGUUGACAAGAGACCUAACUACAUGCCUCUACUGGAACAUCCCAUGAUCAAGGAGUACGAGGGAAGAGACGACGUUGACGUCGGAUUGUGGCUAAAAUCGGUCAACAAGAAAACCAAAGCUUAACUUAGUAUGUACAUGUUACAGCAGGCUACAUUGCACUUAUGGCCCAACUUUUAAAAUUAUAAAUGUUUUUGCUAAUUAAACAUUAGACGCCAGUUGUUUUAUAUAAUUAUGUCUUCAAGGCCACUGACUUAUUUUUUUCAAUGUCUCAACUUUUUUGUACACACCAAAUAACAAGUUUAUUUAUUCAGUUACCAAAAA